AUGGCAACCGGGCAAAGCUCGACCCCAUCGUUCUUCAAUUUCCUAAAGGAAGGCCUGCUCCUCCCUAGCCACAACCGGACGCUCUUCGCAGCUGUCUUUACAAUUACCGCCGCCUCCACCUGUCUACUCCUCCUCGGCAACGACCUCGCCGUCCAGCCCCUCAGAGACGAGAUUGACCUCGACACAAAGGCGCUCAACAGCACCGAUCCCAGUAGCCCAGACUUCCUUCAACUCACCCGAAAGACCCAAGAUGACACCCGGGCUCUCUUGCUCACCAGAGCAGCCUAUUUUCUGUUUGGCGCCAUCACCAGAUCAGCAAUCCGGAUCGUCGUCCUCUUCGCCGCCGUCGCGACAUACUCCGGUGAGCUGCACACCUUCGGGUCGCUCCUUGGCAAAGUCAAGACGCAGCUGAAAGGCCCCGUGCUUACGCUCGCCGUCGUCUACGCACUGGAGGUCUCCUACGUCGCGCUUCUUGGUGCCAUGAUUGGGCUACUCAUGUGCCUCAUGACCAUGAAAUACUUUGUGUUGUUCUUUGUGGGGUCGCUGCUCGUCCUGGUUCCCUUCAUCUUCCUCGUGUACUUCUCCUUCCUCUGCUCCAUGAGCGUCGUCGUGGCAGUGGCCGAGCCCGGUUGCCAUGGCGCCGGCGCUCUUGGGCGGGCGUGGCGGCUGAUGAAGGGGAAACGCAGACGGGCCAUGCUUUUCAUUUCUGUGACUGCCGUGCUCUCCACUGCCUUGAACCCUGUCUACACUCUGGCCAAGAGAUGCGCACUUACUAGCAUGGCAGCAGGGUUGCUCCUGGGGUUUCUGUACAGCAUCUUGAAGGCCGCCGUGCAGGUGUUUGCAGCCUGCGCCAUGGCCGCAUUAUACUACGAGUGCAAGGGGAGCACCCAGGCAUCGGCGGUGGGGUACGUCAAGGUUUCUACCAAGGAGCAAAUUGAUGCUUGA